AUGACAACCACCCAGGCCCCUCCUGCUGCGCUUCCACCAUCUGUUGACGUCAAGGUCAAGAUGGAGGACCGCAAGAGGUCUUUGGCUGCUGAUGUCGACGACCUGGCGCCCGCCCGAAAGCGCCUGAUCAAGGAUGAGAAUGGCCAGCAGAUGCGUAUGGAUGCCGAGAAAGAGAAGGAGGUUGAGAACUACCAGAAAGAUGCGAUCAUGCGCCAGAUGAAGGAGUAUAAGCGGCAGCGAAAAGACUUUGAAGAGCAAGUCAACGACCUUCAAAAGAAGUGCCAAUACCACGAUGAGCACCUGCGCACCAUCGAUGCCUGGUUCGCGCAACUGCUCGAUGAAGUACGAGUGCUCGCCUCGCAACUUCUACCGACUCCGCCGCCGAGCGCUUCAUCCACAUCCGGCGAAGAGAUGUACAAUUCGGCGCUGCUAUUCAAGGACAACGAAAUGUUCUCAGAGCAUCUCCAGGCGCGAUCAGGCAGCAUCAAGAACUGCAUAUCAGAUCUUUUUGGCCGGCUACCAACAGCAUCAGAAGGUGUGGAAGAUCUGCGCCGCCAGCUGAACGAGCUCCUUGCAAGAGAGAAGGAACAUGCGGUGGACCUCCGGAAGGCUAUUGACGACAAAGAUUCUCUCUCAGAACGACUCGAGCAAGCAUCAUGGCGGUACAUGACAGCAGAGAAGAAGCUGGAACGGGCCAAGAGCGCGCAAGUCUUGAAGCUGGAGCGAGCUGCCAUGAUGGGUGGAAAUGGCGAUGCAUCUUCGCCAACGACCAAGAAGUCCGGCACACCCAAAGGCGAAGGUGAAGUCAAUGGUGAAGCAGAAACCGGAGUUGCCACCGCGGAGGCUGAAGCUGCGCGGAAAGAGGCCGUUGCUGCAGCGGAGAAGCAGAAGGCCCAGCUGGAGGAGAUCGAGUCGGAAAACGAGCGGCUCACAAACGAGCUCAGUGCUGCCCGGACCAAGCUCGCCAGCCUUUCCGAUGAUGAAUACGCCGAGACUUCGCUCUUCAAGACCAUCAAGUCUCAAUACGAGGAUAUCAUCAAGCGAGUGAAUGAUUUGGAAGCCACGAACAUCCAGCUGCGAGAGGAGGCCCAGAAGCUUCAAGCUGAGCGAACCGCUUACCGUAGUGCCGUUGACGAGGAGCAUCGAAUGAACAACACCGAGAUCGAGAUGCAGAUUGCACGAGCCGAGAAUGACCUCUCCCGGAUUCGCGGCCAGCGAGACGAGUUUCAGUCGGAGCUUUCCAUUCGAAGAUCGGCAGACGAGAACCGAAGAACAUCUGCCGACCAGGCCAAGGAGCUGGCAGCAGCACGAGACUCUCGCAUAGCAGCCCUAGAAUCUGAAGUCGAGCGGCUGAGGCUUCGGCUUGGCGAGUCGCAACCCUCUGAAGGCAACCUGGAUGAUUUUGACGCCGAGACCUUGAAGAAUAAGCUGCGAACCCUGGAGAGCCAAUACGCGCUGCUCAGCAACGAGCUGCCGUCCAUGGAGGCCGCGUGGAAGAAGACGCAGGUAUUGGCGUCAAGAAAGGUCGAGGAGGUUGGGAACUGGGAGGAGCAGAUCGCACGUCUCAGCGCGGAAAAGGCCAAGGCGGAUCAGAAGUUCUUUGCGACCAUGAAGGCCAAAGACAUGCAGCUCAACGAACUCCGCAUCCUUAAAUCGCAGAACGCACGCUCGAGCGAGAUCGUCUCGCAGCUGAAGGAUACGGACGGCAAAACCCGCGAGCUGGUGGCGAAUCUCGAGCGUCAGAUUGCUGACUCCCGUGAAAACGUCAACAAGCUGGAGUCGCAGCACCGUGUGCUCGAGCAGAAGCGGAAGGAUGCCAGUAUCAGCGCCGAAGGGUUCAAGAAACAGAUCGAGGAGCUGAAGGCGCUCGUUGCUGGCAAGGACAAGGAGGCGCUUGGUACGGCGAAGGGCAAGCGGGAGGCGGAAGAGGAGCUUGAGAAGUGCAAGGCGCGGCUCGAUGACACCAAGAAGCAGUUUGAGCAGCUCAAAAAGGCCAAGGCGGCGAGCACUGGCUCGGGUGGCGAGGAUGAGUGGAGGAAACUUGCCAUCUGCCCUGUGUGCAACGCCAAUAUUCGCAACACCGUGCUCAAGCUGUGCGGUCAUGUGUUCUGCUCGGACUGCGUGAAGGAUCUGAUCAGCAAUCGCAGUCGGAAGUGUCCAAGCUGUGGAAGGGCGUUUGGCAAUGGUGAUCACAUGCCUGUGGUACUCACAUGA